AUGAACUCUGAUUCAAAUUCUUCUAGUUCAUCUAGUUCAGGGUUAUUUGACUACAUGGUGAACGACUUUGUAGAGUGGCAUGAAUCAAUUACUGAAAGGCGAAAAGAAGAUGAAUGGAUCGAGGAAGCGAUCAAUACAUCUGUUGUUCCCCUUGUAACCUCUACUUACCAGGUCCCCUUCACUCCUGAACCUACGUACCAAAGGUGGUAUGUACCAAGAGAUCGAGAAGAUUCUGAUAUACGGUUAUAUAACGACUACUUUAGUCCCCGACCAUUGUACACAGACGAUAUGUUUCGCCGACAAUUUCGCAUGCGUAAAAAUGUUUUCACACGCAUUGUGAACCAGCUAAGAGAAAGUAAUGUUUACUUUCAACAAAGGCCAAAUGCCACCGGAAGACUAGGUGCAUCCCCCCUCCAAAAAUGCACUGCAGCAAUUCGAAUGUUAGCAUACGGUACAUCAGCCGAUGCAGUUGACGAAUAUCUUAAAAUGGCGUCAAGUUCUGCAAGGGAAUGUCUCUCUCACUUUGUUGAAGGGGUCGUCUCUGAAUUUGGACCGGAGUACUUGAGGAGGGCGAAUACUACGGAUACUGAGCGACUCCUCCGGGAAAGUCAUAUUCGUGGAUUUCCUGGUUCUUGUAAUGAUAUAAAUGUCCUCCAGCGGUCGUCGGUGUUCUCUGAUAUUUGUGAGGGUAGAGCUCCAGAUGUUAGCUUCAAUGUCAAAGGAAAUACAUACAAUAUGGGAUAUUAUCUUACCGACGGGAUCUAUCCAAAAUGGGCAACAUUUAUCCCAGCAAUCAAACAUCCACAGACCGGUAAGCACAAAUUAUUUACCAAGAAGCAAGAGAGUUACCGAAAGGACGUUGAACGUGUCUUUGGAGUGUUACAAGCUCGAUUUGCAAUAAUACGUCACCAGGUCUAG